AUGAUAUAUCAAAAUCUUCAUAUAUUCAAAUGCUGGUUAAUAUAUUUCAGUUUAUUGUGUAUUAAUAGUGGUACUAUUGCAGCCGAUGUUAGUCUCCAAACACGAAAAGGAGUUGUAUAUGGUCGACAAACUCGAUAUUCCAAUGAGUAUUUAGGAAUUCAAUACGCAAAAGUAGAACGAUGGAAACCACCAGUUGAUCUUGCAUCGGAAGUGUUUCCACGUGGAUCAUUGCAAGCAACAUCAUUCGGUCCAUGUUGUCCUCAAAUUGACUUUGCAGGUAUUAUACCAAUGCAAGAUGAACAAUGUUUAUAUCUGAAUAUCUAUACGCCAUUGAGAACAACAAAUCAAUCUUCAUUACCUGUCCUCAUUUGGAUUCAUGGAGGUGGUCUUCAAAUCGGUUGUUCAUCUCAAAGUAUUCCUGUUUUAUAUAAUGGUACAAAUAUAAUUGCUAAUUCGCCUUCACAGCAACCAGUUAUUGUUGUGACAAUUAACUAUAGAUUAAGUGUAUUGGGUGAUAUGUAUUUGACUGAAUUAGUACAAGAAAAUCCGACAACAUGGCCAACAGCUGGGAAUUACUAUUAUUUAGACAUGUUGUCAGCACUACGUUGGAUAAAUAUGAAUAUUCGUGAUUAUGGUGGCAAUCCGAACAAUGUUUUANCAAUAUCAUGUUUAUGGACUUUCCAUACAUAUCGAAAUGCACGAAGUUUAUUAACACGAACGAAUCCAAUUAUUCGACGUGAAUUAGAUAAACAAUUAACAUCAAUGGUUCUUCUAGAAAUUGGUGUUUAUGCUUGUACUUAUACACCAUAUUCAAUAAUAAAUGCAAUUUCAGCGUUAAAUACCAAUCGUGAACCAGUGUAUCUUGCUCAAUUGAGUUUGAUCAAUGCAAUUGCAUUAACAAUUAGUUUUCUAAGCAAUGGAAAUUCAUUUUAUACUUAUAAUUUUGCCUCGAAAAGAUUUCGUCGACAAACAAAAUAUGUUUUCUAUGAUGUGUUUAGGAAUAAAUGUCGACCAAAUCGAAUUAUUCCAAUUAAUAUAGAAAAUCCAGCAGAGAUUAAAUAA